AUGGCGGCGGGGCCGGAGGGGCCGGGACCCGAGGAGCCGCCGGGGCCCGGCGGGGCAGCACCGGACGGGCCGGGACCCGAAGAGCGGGGACCCGGGGGGCCAGAAGCGGAGGAGCCGCCGGGGCCGGAGGAACCGGGACCGGGGGACCCAGGACCCAAGGAGCCGCCGGGGCCGGGGCCGAAGGAGCCGGGACCCGAGGGGCCAGAAGCGGAGGAGCCGCCGGGGCCUGUCCCGGAGCCCGCCCCCGAGCAGCCCGAGGUGCCGGAGGCCGUCCCCGGGGACCCCGAGGUGCCGGCGGAGCCCUCGGGUCCCCCUGCACGGGCAGAGCCGCCGGCCCCCGAAGCCAGCGGGGCCCCGCCGCGGCCCUUGGAGGAGGAGGAGGAGGAGGAGGAGGAGGAGGAGGAGGAGGAGGAGGAGGAGGAGGAGGAGGGGGAGGAAGGCGGCGGCCCGGCGGCGGAGCAGCGGGAGCGGGCGGCGCUGCUGGCCGAGCACCGCGGGCUGGCGAGCGAGCGGGAGCGGCUGCGGCCGGCGGGCGCCGUCCUGCAGCUGCGGCUGGGCGAGCGGCUGCGGCUGCGGCGGGGCGAGCGGGCGGCGGCGGCAGGAGGCGGGCGGCGGGCGGCGGCCUACGGCGAGCGGCUGCGGGAGCUGCGGGAGCUGCGGGAGCUGCGGGAGCGGGCGGAGGCCGCCUGCGGGCAGCGGGUGAGGGCCCGCAGCGGGAGGUGCCGGGAGAGCGAGGCCCGGGCCGAGGAGCAGUGGGCGGCCUUCCGGCACGGCAAGAGGGCCCUGGCCCUCCGAGCCCUCGGCAGGAGGCUGGGCGGCCGGGCGGCGGCCGUGAAGGCGGUGGACGGCGUGCUGGCCAAGGAGCAGGCCAAGGAGAGAGCGGUGAGGGAGGUCCGCGUGGAAAACAUCAAGAUGAAGCUUGAAAUCCAAAGCCUUGAAGCGGUCUUGAAAGCCCAAGGAGAGCUGUUAAAAGGCCAGAGUUUUGUAGACUUUGAGUACAUGAAGAAAGAGAAUCAGAAGCUCGGCCAAAAGUUUGAUGACCUCUGUGGUGAAAUUCUGAAGCUCAGAAAGAAGGUAUCGACUGCAGUGCACGUUCUCAGCCACUACAGGGAGAAACUACAGUUUGUGGAAGCUGAGAACCAAGUCAGAGAAGCCGAACUGAUGGACAUUGACAUCCUCUUGUCACAGAAGAGAGACUUCCUCACCAGAAAGAAACAGGCCAGGGACAGGCUGCGGGCAAGCACCCUGAAAUUGCAGCAGAAACGUGGGCUGGUUGGAAAUGAGGUACUGCUUCAGGACUUUGAGGAGAAGGUGGACACUCUGGAGUUGUUACGUCAGCAGCUGGAAACACUGAAAUGUCACCACGCUGGCCUGAUCCUUACACGUAGGGAAGUUCAGAAAAAAGUCAGGGAAGCCAAUUCAUUUUUACCUUUUUAGGCAAAGAAAGCACGGAAAAGAUAUACACCAAGGAGUUAUCUGUAAUUCUCAUUUUUAACAUGCUUCUUUUUGGUAAAUCCUAGGGAACAUAUUACAUGCAUACUCCUGAAAAAGACCUUUCUAAACGACAUCAAUACUUGGCAUUAAGUGAUUAUAGUACUCAUUUUUGAAUGAAACCAUAUACCUAUUUACUUUUUUUUUAAAAAGAAAACCAGUCAAAAGCCUACACUUCUAGGAAAUCACCUCUGUGCUCAGUCCUGUAAGGCCAUGGCGAUAUUGUUUAAGCAGAGCACUCACCGUACUCUGAUUCAAAUCUUGCUUCUACCACCCGUUUUGGUUCUUAUAAUUCAGUAUCAACUUCAUCCAUACAAACCUACCCGCCUUCUAGGCAGGUCCUGGAUUAAAAAUAAUUAAUCUUAAGGGUUACUUUUCAUAGAUGUGGCCGAGAACUGAAGAGAGAAAGAAGCACACUGUGAAAGCCUAGCAUGACUCGCAUACAGCCAAUGCACUGCAGAAGCACCAAAUCCCUCACCCAUUCUGUAAACAUAAUUGGCUGCAAAGUUUGUCUUGGUGGUGUACAAGAAGAAAGGUUUACUACUUUAAAAAUAUACAUCAAUCUUAUUC